AUGUAUAGAAAUGUUAAUAUGGAUGAUGAACAAGCAUAUUUACAAGUUGAUCCACGUUGUUAUGUUCGACAAAAUUCAAAUGCUUCAUUAACGGCACAUAGAAAAUCAGAUACACCACGUCUUGAAAAAGGUCGUUCGCUUAAUGUUGAUACACGUUCAUCACCAUCAACAACGUCCUUAUCACCUUAUCGUCAAAGUAGUUUUGAUGUUACUUUUGCUUAUCAGUCUCAACCACAACCAUUGACAUCAUCGCCUGCGUCAUCAAUACAACAAGAGAUAUAUUAUACACCACGUGGAUCAAGUCUUUCUGUUAUUGGUAAUCCAUUAUCAAAUACGUCAACAAUAUCUCAACAUUUAUCUCCACCCACACCUUCAACAAGUCGAAAAAAUUCUGCUGCUAUUAUUCUUGAGAAAAAAGAUCUUACAGCAACAAUUGAUCCAUUAGAUCAAUCAUCAAAAGUACGUUUAUCAGUUGCACAACGGGAACAUGAAAUUUCUCGAUCACUUGAACAAUCAUCAUCACCAGCUGGGCAACUUUCAUCAUCUAAUCAUACAACAAACGAUAAACAAUCACGUAGUUUUGAUGCUGUUCAUCUUUUACGACCUGGUACGAAUCGUGCUGAUGUAGUUAAUCGUAGAACAAAAUCAUAUGAAUAUGCUGAUGAUCAUCGUCCAUUAAUAGCAUCUAUUGCUCCACCACCUAUUGUUAUUAAAAUUCCUGAUAUGAAUGAGCUUGUUCAAGCAGCUAAAUUAUCUCAAUUAAAAAAUCGAAGAGAAAAUACUGAUAUAGAAGAAUAUCAAAGAAAUACAAGUCGUAAAGCAACUCUUGUUCAACAAAUAAGUAUAAAUGAUCAUAAUAAAGCAACAACAGCAUCACAUGAUCUUUGGCGUUUACGUCAAUCAUAUGAACUUGAGGAACAACAACAAUUAGAUCGAACGUCACCCGAAGAUUUCUCACCAGAUUUAUUGACAUCAACGUCAAUUGAUUCAGCUGGAGCUAUCCCUAUUCAUAAUAGUAAUAAUAAUAAUAGUACGAAUACUGCUAGUGGUGGUGGUGGUGGUGGUGGUGAUGAUGAUCCAUCAAAAUAUCAAUAUCGUCGUAAAAGUUCAUCUAAUCUUUUAUUACCACCACCUGAAGUUCGUCGUCAAGCUCUUCGACGUACAUUUGAAAAACGUCGUAGUUGUAUUAAUCAAUCAAAUAUUCGUCGUGAACAACAAUUACUUCAAAAUCAAAAUGAUGUAGAGGAGGAAAAUAAUAAGGAUUCAAUCAUAGAUUUUUCAAGUUUAUUGAAUAAUUUUAAUUCUAAAAGUGAAAAUUCAAGCUUUGAACGAAGUCUUGAAACUGAUUUUGAUAUGCAAUCAGAUACAAGUAGUCGAGGACCAAAUGAUCAAUUUACAUCAAUUGAAUCAUCCGGAAAUGAAAAUGCUUUACCUGAUGUCAACUAUCGACGACAACAACAACAACAACAACAACAACAACAACAACAACAACAACAACAACAACAACAACAACAACAACAACAACAACAACAACAACAGCAACAACAACAACAAUCACCACAUCAAGAUGAUAGCGGUUAUAGAUCAUUAGAAAGUCAAAAUCGAACAAUUAGUUUAGAUUGGAUGUCACAUGAUGGAGCCGAAAGUGUUAUUUAUGUCGGUGAUGCGCGUAUCCAACAAAGGAGUGUUGAUAUUAAAGAUUUGGAUGAUGAUUUGGCUCAACAACAACAACAACAACAAGAAAAGCAACAACAGCAACAACAACUAACGAACAAUAACCGUUCCAAAAUUCUUCAGAGAGGUCUUCAUCACUCCUAUCAAGAAACAUCAACAAAUCUUAUUCCCCCGAGUUCAUCAAAUUCUAAUAUGAUGCAACAACGCAGUUUAUCAACAAAUAUUCCACUUGUUGAGAAUCAUAAACCAAAUCCAAUUAAUCUCUCUGUAUUACCAAAUAUAAAUCAAGCAAAUUCAAUUAAUAAUAAAAAUAAUAAUAAAAUUGUUCCAUCAUCAUCAUUUAUUCGAACAGCAAGUAAAAAGCGACGAGAAUUCGGUAAAGAUAAACGAAAUGUUUCAUCAAAUGUUAUUCUUUCACAUAUAGCAACUGACGAACAUCAAACGAACGUUUAUCAAAUUAAUGAAACAAAUACGAAACCUUCAUCAUUAUUAUUACAAGUUCGACAUCCUGAUCUUCGUCGAACUAAAUCCGAUGAUACAAGAAAUUUAGUUUCAGGAAGUGAAGAUGAUUCAUAUACAAAUGAAAUACCAUUACAGUCACAUGAAACAAAAUCUGAUACUCAUAUAUCAUCUACUGCUGAUCGUAUACUUGUUUCUACAUCAUCUUCAAAUCCUACUCGACAACAUCUUUCUCCUAAUGUGAAUAAUACGGGUAAUUCUCGUCAUAUUCUUCAACGUUCACCAUCUUCAACGACAUCAUCAGCUACUUCUACUUCACCAGCAGAGGCAUUUCGUUCUCAACGUGGUUCAGUUUCAUUUGAUACUCAAACACCAUUAAUCAAUCCUUCAACACCAUCAACAACAAAUAAAACGAAAACCUUAACAGCAUAUUCGAUUCUUCCGACAUGUAUAACAAAACCUCGUCUAAAAUUUAGUAUGGUACGUGAUACAGCUAUGGCUAGUUUAAGUCAUAAUGUACCCGUUUAUUCAAUGCCAAUAACACGUGAUUAUAGUAUUGAUGAAAAAACCAAUCGUAUUGUUAAUGAAUUUCUUAUGCAUGAUCCAUCAUUAGAUAAAAAAAAAACCGCCAACGAUGAUAUUUCAUAUCGUGGAACACCAAAACGUCAUCACCAUCGAGUACGACAAAAAACGCUUGAAGAAACAGUAUCAAUAAAUAAUAUACAAAAACAAUCUCAACAACAACAACAACAACCUCGAUCAACAGUUAAUAAACAACGUUAUCAUAGUUCUGUACAGACGAAUAUACGUAAGCAUUCUCAUAAUCAAUAUCCAUCUGUACAUCUUCCUGAUAAUAUAGAACAGGAAGAAGAUAGUAGUGAUCCAGCAUCACCUUUAUUAAAACUUAAUCAACAAUCAACAGUUACUACACGACGAGAUAAUAAUCUGGCAGUUGAAUCUCCAUCGAUUAUUAUUACUGGUGAUGAUAGUGGUAGUCAAUAA